ACAGGUGGCUUUAUAUUAAAAAAAAAAUACAGCACAAAACCUAACUCUGCUGCCAGUGAUAAACAGCUGUGUUGCUUUCUUGGAAGUAUUGCUGCACUUAGAGCAUACCGUGUUAUAAACAGCAUGUUCCUCUCUUUUUUUACCAAGACGGGAAAAAUAGGAAAUCUGAGACUUUGGGCUAAACGUGACCGGAGAGGUUUGAGGGGUGGGGGAUAGUUUUUUGGUGUUUAGUACUGUAAUAUGGGGCUUAAAAAAUAUAGAAGACAUUGGGUAGAUUGGGUGUUAAUGUCAAAUGCUGUGACUUUGCCUCUAAGACUUUUGUCAUUUCACAGCCUAUCUAUCCCAGGUCCCUGAAGGUCAGUUAAUGUGUUAAAAAAAAUAAUGGGGGGGAGUUAAAGGGCAAAAAAGAUGAAAUACAGGAAAAACUGUUGAUCUCUCUGUUCCUGGCUAAUCUGAAACAGGCCCCCAGGGAAUGGGAGAACAUUCCCACCUGGAAUUCAGAUUUUGUGUUGAAUGCAGCUAAAAUUCAAGAUUUAGUAUCAGACAGUGCAGCUCCAGUGUCCUGCAAUGAAAUGCUAAAGCACACACUGCCUCUGCGUCUGUCAAUUCCAGCAUGCUUGCUUUUGGCACCUCUCAAAGAUCUCACAAACUGUGUUGACAAAAAGCAAUGGGAGAUUGCUUCUUGCCCAGGUCUUUAUAUUCGGACUAUAGCUGCUUCCUCUUUCCUACUCACAUUUUCCCAUAUGGUGACUUUGGAAAAUUCCUCUCUGAUUUCGUUGGAAAGUGCAGGAAACUCGUUGGUAGAGGGUUGCCUAUUACUCUCUCUAAUUCUGCUGCUCACAUCUGGAAAGGAUCUGGCUUGGAAAGGGGAGACUUGCUCUGAGCUCAGCGCAUGUAACUGACAUGGCAUGAGCUGAGGGAGCCUGUGGGGGCAAGAGAAAUGUUCUUCUCCAUUCAUCUGAUCUCUGACAGCAAAGCUUUUACAGAUAUGGAAGCUGUGGAAUAGUGGAGCAGGGGGAAGAGGGAUCAAGCAAACAAUGUUAAAUUCUUAAAAUCACCCAGCAAGUUGGUAGCAAAGACCAGGACCAAACCAAACCCAUCCAUAUCUCAGGCCAGUGCUCUGUCCUCUAGUGCCACCCUUCUCCCAUUUCUUCAAGUGGGCGAUGCCGGCCGGCGGCCGGGCGCUGCUGGCGCUGGGGCUCCUGGCUCUGGGCUGCGCCGCCGCCGCCGAUUUCCCCGAGGGCUCCCCCGAGAGGCGGCGCCGACCCCCGGCCCCGGCCCCCGGCUGCCCCCGGGACUGCGGCUGCACCCAGGAGGGCGUCGUGGACUGCGGCGGCAUCGACCUGAAGGAGUUCCCGCUGCUGCUGCCCGAGCUCACCAACCACCUCUCGCUGCAGAAUAACCAGAUAGAAGAAAUCUUUCCAGAAGAGCUCGCUCGUCUUCACAGACUAGAAACUCUCAAUUUGCAAAACAACAGGCUGACUUCAAAAGGGCUGCCAGAGGAAGCAUUUGAGCAUCUGGAGAACCUGAAUUACCUAUACCUGGCAAACAAUAAGCUAACGGUGGCUCCAAAAUUUCUCCCGAAUACCUUGAUCAGUGCAGAUUUUGCAGCCAAUUAUCUCACUAAGAUAUAUGGACUCACAUUUGGACAGAAACCAAACUUGAGAUCUGUGUAUCUUCAUAACAACAAACUUUCAGAUGCUGGGUUACCCGAUAGCAUGUUCAAUGGCUCUGAUAAUGUGGAGAUACUCAUCAUGUCCAGCAAUUUCCUGAAAUAUGUUCCAAAGAAUCUCCCUCCAGCCUUAUACAAAUUGCAUUUAAAGAACAACAAGCUAGAGAAGAUUCCCAAAGGAGCCUUCAGUGAGCUUACAGGCCUGAGGGAGCUGUAUUUACAGAAUAAUUACUUGACUAAUGAAGGAAUGGACAAUGAAACUUUCUGGAAACUGUCUAGUCUCGAAUAUCUGGAUUUGUCCAGCAAUAACCUCUCACAAAUCCCAAGUGGUUUACCUCGAAACAUCGUCCUCCUUCACCUGGAGAAGAAUGCAAUUAAGGUGAUUGGCAGAGAUGUCUUGACCCAAAUUAAGAACCUUGAGUACCUUCUGCUCCACAAUAACAAACUAAAAGCCCGAGGUAUUCACCCAUUAGCCUUUCAGGGCUUAAAGAAACUGCACACUGUCCACCUGUACAACAACAUGCUGGAAAGGAUUCCCAGUGGUCUGCCCCGACGAGUGAAAACCCUUAUGAUCCUUCAUAACCAGAUCUCUGAGAUUAACAGGAAUGACUUUGCUACCACUUACUUCCUUGAAGAGCUGAACCUGAGCUACAACAAGCUCAAAAGCCCCCAGAUCCAUCGGGAGGCCUUCCGUAAAUUGAGGCAACUAAAGUCCUUGGAUCUUUCUGGAAAUCAUCUCAGCACAGUGCCUUUUGGUUUCCCAAAGAACUUGCAGAUUCUGAAACUGAAGGAAAAUGAGAUAAGCAUCAUUCCAAAAGGGACUUUGUCUGGGAUGACAAAACUGCGGGAACUGUAUUUGAGCAACAAUAAACUGAAAGUCAAUUCCAUUUAUUCAAGAGCAUGGAGAGAACUCAGCAGUCUCCAGUCACUGGACAUGGCUGGCAACCAGCUGCUUUCCAUCCCAUCAGGCCUGCCAGAAUCUCUAGAAUAUUUGUAUCUUCAGAACAACAAGAUCACAACCAUUUCAGAGAAUGCUUUUGAAUCCACACCCAAAAUAAAGGGAAUUUACCUCAGGUUUAAUAAGAUUGCAGUUGGAGCACUGAAGGAGAAUCUCUUCCAAAGCCUAAAGUACUUACAAGUACUGGAUAUUGAAGGCAACCUUGAAUUCAGCAACACUUCAAAGAAUAAGGAUGACUCAGAAGAGGAAAUGGAAGAUGAGGAAGAGGAAGAAAACUGAGAUAAAAUGUGAACUCACACAAGUACAUCAUGUUGGAGGAAAGCAUAUGGAAAAUUACAUAUAUGUCUAUGUGUAUAUAUCUAUAUAGAUAUAUAGAGAACACUUAGCAAAACGUGCAAUGAAUUAUGCAGAAACUGUUAUGGCACUGGGCCAGGCUUAUGGAAGAGAGUGUGUUACAGUGCCUUAUUCAGGGAGAGACCCUGAAUGCCUUUCCAAAGCUUCCAAAUCAUCUUAUACAAGACCCAGGAUCAUAAGGGAUUGCUCUGGAACUCACAAAAGCUGGCUUUUGUUUCUUCUGUUUUUCUUCCUUCACUGUUUCCAUCUGUAAUAACAAUAUGGGACUGUUUUGAACACAUGCCUUCAAAUGCUGUUUUUGUCACUGCAUUUUAAGUGAACCAUGUAUAUGCUUCUUUUUUUUUUCUGCCACCCCAAAGAAGCUGUUGUUGAUCAGGCAAGAUGAGUAUUUGCAGUAGUUUCAUGUGUGGAGCAGUAUAUGAGGCAUUUGGGUCAUCAAGCAGCAAUAAUAUGUCUGGAUUAAACUAUUCCUCUGUUAGAACAAUGUGUAUAUUUGGAUGAGAAAAACAAAUUAAGGCUGGAUCCCAAAAUAUUUUAUCUCUACUGCCAAAGCCUGCAGUAUAUGCCUGUUUUAGAAAGGUUUUAAAAUAAAACAAUUGCUCUUGUGAAUAUAUAUAAAAAACCUAUGUCUACCUUCCA